AUGAAGGACAAUGAAGAUUCAUUUAGAUUGCUGCAGCGGAGAAGCGCUGCACAGCAGGAGCAGCAGAAUGCCGCCGCAAGCAAUGCAGUAAAUGCAGCAACAGAGGAUACAGAAGCUUUUCCCCCAUGGGGUUUAGAUGCUGAGGUCCGAAAACAGCAGCAGCACCAGCAACAUCAGCAACAGCAGCAGCAGCGAGGGGCGAGUCAGGAUCUUAAUGAAGAAUGCGGGUUGUUGCAGCAGCAGCACAGGGACCAGCACCAAACCUCGCGUUUGCUGCUGCACUCCUACAUUUUGCCUGCUGGCAGCGCUCCAGCGAAGCAGCAGCAACACGACCAGCAACUCCUUCAGCAUCAACAAGAACAUCAACAGCAGCACGCAGGUGCGUGGGAACAAGAGCCUUCUCCUUGGCAUCCAUUUGGUGACAGCAGCAGCGGCAGCAGCAGCAACAAUUGGCAGCAACAGCAGCAGCGGGGCCUUGGGCAGCAGCUGCGGCUGCUGCUGAGGUGUCUUGCAGCAUCUCCUGCCUUCCUGCUGCAGCAACUGCUGCAGCACUUGCUGUUUUUGGUGCAGCUGCUAAAGCUAACUGCAUCCCAAGCAGCAAAACUUGAAAUAUGGAUUCUUGCUGCAGCAACGGGCAUAGCGACAGCAGCAGCAGCGGUGUACAUACAGCUCAGCUCGGAGGUCAUUGCUGACUUUCGCGGCGGUCUCUGCCGCGACUCCGUCUUCAAGUCCCAGACUAUGUGCCUCUCCGGCGUGCCUAAGGGCUUUGCAGGGGCGAGCCCUUGGCAUUCCUGGGCCUCUUUGUUAGGGGUUGAGGAUGUCGCAGCAGACAUCGUGAACUUCUGCGGCUUCUUCACUGUCUCCGUCGCUAUGGCCACCGCUGCAGCAGCAGCAGUCUGUGCUUUCGCACCACAAGCAGCAGGUUCCGGAAUUGCAGACGCAAAGGUGUUUAUGGGGGGCCUUCGCGACAGCAGUUUUCUGUCUCCUCGCGUGCUGACGGUGAAGCUGCUGACGCUGUCUCUCGCUGUAGGCAGCGGCCUCUCUCUGGGCAAGGAGGGGCCCAUGGUGCACAUCAGCUGCUGCGUGGGCUUUUUGUUGCUUUCUGCUUCGCGCCGCGCUGCCAUCGCUCUCCCUGAGAUGUACAGACACCUCAAACACCGCGCAGCAGGCAUCGCAGCAGCUGUCGGCCUCAGGCGCUCUGCCUUUCGCCUCCCCUGCACGGCAGCAGCAGAGCCGCCCCACUGCCUCCCAAAUGCUGCACAAGAAGAAGCUGCUGCAGCGGCAACUCCUAAAAUGCACGCGCUGUCUGUACACUGCAGACGCACGCUUAAAACACCCCCAAUUAAGGCCCAAAACCAGGACGAAACCCUCAACGCCAUCCUCCUAGCCGCCUGCGCAGCCGGCGUGGGCUGCGCGUUUUCCGCUCCUAUAGGAGGGGUUUUGUUUGCCUUUGAGGAGAUGGGGGGGGGCCUAGGGGGCAUGCAUCUUCCUCUUAGCAAGCAGUCGUUUGGCGCCCAGAGGACUCUGUGGCUUUGCUGCUGCUGCUGCGUUGCUGCUGCAAUCGCGAUGCAUGCAUUUGGCAGCCUAGACCCCACGGCGGCGCCUACGCUGUUUCAGUCGAUGCGCUAUACCUUCGCAGACGCCUCGGCGGACCCAUUGAACAUGUGUGUCCGCACAACCACCACCAGCAGCAGCAACAGCAGCAGCAGCAGCAGCAUUCAGGGUCCCGCCCCCUCCGAUGCGUACCGAGUAGAUGGGGGCCUCGCGUUGGAGUUGUGCUGCGUUUUGUUUUUCAAAACGAUCUUGACAGUCUUUUCCUUCGGCCUUAUGGUGCCAGCAGGCAUCUUCAUCCCAGCACUAACUAUUGGUGCUUCUUACGGCCGCCUAAUGGGUUUGUUGAUGUUGCGCGUGCGUUCUUUAUUGGGUUUUGCUGCUGCUGCUGGCGCUGCUGCGAGUCCUGGGGCGUAUGCGUUGGUGUGUUUCGAUGGUCUGACUGCGGCGGAAGCCAUGAAGAGGGACCUGCAGGUUUUGUCUGUAGAGGAGACCCCGACUGUAGCCGGGCUAAAGGCCCUUGCAGACAACUGCGCCUUCCACGGGUUUCCAGUUGUUCUCUCGCGCAGCAGCAGGCGUCUCUGUGGCUACGUGCAUGCGUGGCAGCUGCGGUUGCUGCUGCAGCAGCUGCUGGAGCUUCAGCACCCUCUGGUCCACGCCCACACGCUUGUCUCCUUCCAUGCCUUCCGGUCGUCAGCAGCAGCUGUUGCAGCACCGCAGCAGCAGCAGCUGCAGCAGCGGGAGAGGGCUGUUAGGUCUGCUGUAUGUCUCCUCGUGCUUGAUGAAGAUGGCGCUCUUCUUCAGUCCCUCCCACUCCUGCAUUUGGCACCAGACGGACGUCUGCAAACCCCAGCACCUGCACCAGCACCGGCAGCAGCGGCAGCACCAGAAAAGGGGAGGGGGGCAUCUGCAACAGGAGGCAGCAGCCCGUAUCCUUCUUCUGCUGCCGUGGAGAUGCAGCGGCUGACGGCCGUCUCACAUCCAACAGACUGCGCCACAACAGCAACAGGAACUGAUGCAGGAGAAGAUGCAGCUGUAGCUGCAGCAGCAGCAGCAGCAGGGCAAGGCACUGCUGCGGGCGUCCAGGUGUACAUUGACCUCUCGUUGCUUGUGGAUGAAGAGGUGCUGCAGCUGCCGCCUCACACUCCUCUCCUGCAAGUCUAUCGGCUAUUCGGCUUGCUGCAGUGCGAGUACGGAGCCGGUGUUGGUGCUGCUGCUGUUGCUGCUGGCGCUGUUGCUGCUGCUACGCGUCCUAUUAGGACAGCAGCAGCAGCAGCUGCUGGUGCUGCUACUGCUGGUCAUGCAGCUAAUUGUAUCGCUACUUGA